AUGGAGGUUGCAAUGGUGAGUGCAGAUAGCUCUGGCUGCAACAGCCACAUGCCCUAUGGAUAUGCCGUCCAGGCUCGGGCUCGGGAGAGAGAACGACUGGCACACUCGAGGGCAGCGGCAGCUGCGGCUGUGGCAGCAGCAACGGCGGCAGUAGAAGGUGGGGCCUCGUUAGGAGGUGGAUCCUAUCACCACUACCACCAGGUACAGAGUGGGGGGGCUUCCUCUUCUCACAAUGGGAAUGGAUCACACAGCAGUUUGCUUCAGCGUCAGAACAGUAGAAGGAGGAAACGAGGAAGAAAGAGGAGCCACUAUCUGGGUAGCAGGGAUUGUGGGGCAUCCUUCCCGUGUUCUGAGCUGCUACCGCUCAGUGGCUCUGAAGAGAAGAUACUGAAGGACUUGAGUGAGGAGGAAGAGGAGGAUGAGGGGGAGGAUGAAGAGGAUGAGGAGGAAGGAAAGUUCUUCUACAGUGAUGAGGAUGAUGUGGAUGAGUUUUCGUAUUUGGACCAACCACCUGAUGACGGUGGUGGUGGCGGCCUUGGGGGCUACAGCACAGUACGCUACAGCGAGUAUGAGUGCUGCGAACGGGUAGUGAUCAAUGUGUCAGGACUGCGGUUUGAGACUCAGCUGAAGACCUUGGCUCAGUUCCCCGAGACAUUGCUGGGUGAUCCGGCGAAGCGGGGCAGGUACUUUGAUCCACUCAGGAAUGAGUACUUCUUCGAUAGGAACCGGCCCAGCUUUGAUGCCAUCCUGUACUACUACCAGUCUGGGGGCCGUCUGAAGAGGCCAGUCAACGUGCCCUUUGAUAUCUUCACUGAGGAAGUGAAAUUCUAUCAGCUUGGGGAGGAGGCCAUGCUUAAGUUCAGGGAGGAUGAAGGGUUCGUCAAAGAGGAAGAGGAUAAGGCUUUGCCCGACAAUGAGUUCAAGAAGCAGAUCUGGCUGCUGUUUGAGUACCCAGAGAGUUCCAGUGCAGCCAGGGGCAUUGCCAUUGUCUCUGUCUUGGUCAUUUUGAUCUCCAUCGUCAUCUUCUGUCUGGAGACUUUGCCAGAAUUCAGAGACAACAAGGAGCUCAUAUUGUCCCUGGGCUUGGAGAAGGGGCUUUUCAAUGAGACUCUGCACCUGGAUGGUGGGGGGCACACUAUCUUCAAUGACCCAUUUUUCAUUGUGGAGACAGUCUGCAUCAUCUGGUUCUCCUUUGAGUUUACAGUGAGAUGGUUUGCCUGCCCCAGCAAAGCGGUCUUCAUCAAGAACAUCAUGAACAUCAUAGACAUUGUCUCCAUCUUGCCUUACUUCAUCACCCUGGGCACUGAGCUGGCCCAGCAGCAGGGCAGUAAUGGUCAACAGGCCAUGUCUUUUGCUAUCCUGAGGAUCAUCCGUCUGGUCAGGGUGUUUCGCAUCUUCAAGCUCUCCAGACACUCUAAGGGUUUGCAGAUCCUAGGUCAUACGCUCAGAGCCAGCAUGAGGGAGCUGGGGCUCCUCAUCUUCUUUCUUUUUAUUGGAGUCAUUUUGUUUUCCAGUGCUGUUUACUUUGCAGAAGCUGAUGAACCUUCCACUCAUUUUCAAAGCAUCCCAGAUGCCUUUUGGUGGGCUGUAGUGACCAUGACCACAGUUGGUUAUGGGGACAUGAAACCCAUAACUGUGGGUGGGAAAAUAGUCGGGUCCCUGUGUGCCAUCGCGGGUGUGUUAACCAUUGCUUUACCAGUGCCAGUGAUUGUCUCCAAUUUUAACUAUUUCUAUCACAGAGAGACUGAGAAUGAAGAACAAACACAACUGACCCAAAAUGCAGUCAGUUGUCCAUACCUCCCAACAAAUUUACUGAAGAAAUUUAGAAGCUCGUCAUCUUCUUCCACAGAGGGUAAAUCAGAGUAUUUGGAGAUGGAAGAAGGAGUUAAAGAGUCUCUUUGUGUAAAGGAAAAAAAAUGUCAGGACACAGGGAAUGACAGUGAGACAGAGAAGAAAAACUGUGUAAAUUCAAAAUCUGUGGAAACUGAUGUGUAAUAUUGAAAGUUUCCAAAUAUAUUUAUGCAUUAAAGAGUGCAGUGAUAAAAAUGAAAUAUGCAAACAAAAGUCUCAAGCAUACAAUAGUAUGCACUUUAUUGGUUAAAUACAAAUAAAAAAUAGUGUUGCUAAACUUGUAUUACAUAUCAAGUAAAUUAUAUACCUUGUGGAAGAGGUGGUUUGAGCUGAUGUAAUUUCAAACUUUAUAUUUGUAUUAGAAUGCAAGCGUUUUGCACAUGAGGGGAAGAAAUCAUUAAAACCAAGACAGUUUUAAAUAGGGUGUGUGAACUGUUGAUAUCACUA